CAUUUCGUUUAGCUUUUAAGAAUCAUAAGACCAGAAUGCUGUACACGUAUUUAGUCCAAAUGAUUUCGGAGCUCCAAAUCCUUGCAAGUUUAAAUAUUCGGCCUCUUGAGUCUUCUUUAUCUCAACUUUGAGACGAAGAAUUCCUUUUGCAGGCUGCUAUGGGUGACGCUCCAAGCAAUGAAGUUUAUGAAACCCAACUACCUUCUAAGCCCACAAUUCGAAUUUCAGGCAAAAAGCUCUUCCUAAACGACCUCCCUGUCUUGCUCGAUGUCCCCGAAAGCGUAACCCUCAUGCCUGCCGGAAAUUCUGCAUUAUCCGGCCACUUCCUUGGCGUCACGGCGGAAGCUCCUGCCAGUCGCCAUGUGGCAUCCAUUGGAAAGCUUAGGUCCAUCACUUUCUCGAGCAUUUUCAGGUUUAAGGCUUGGUGGUCCACACUCUGGGUGGGGACCCAGGGUUCGGACCUGGAGAUUGAAACUCAAUUCCUGCUUCUUAACACGCCGGAAAAGCCAGAAUCCGGUGGCCUCUAUUUACUUAUCUUGCCCCUCAUCGAUGCCGGUUUCGCAGCUUCUAUUCAGGCUGGAACCGAGGACAACGUUGAUAUUUGUGUAGAAAGCGGGACAAGCUCGGUAAUUUCCAACGACUUCCCGAGGUCGGCAUAUAUAAACUCUGGAAGUGAUCCUUACCUUUUGGUGAAGGAAUCAAUGCGGGAACUUAGUCGCCGGAAAUUGGGUAAUUUCCGGCUUCUAGAGGACAAAAACGUGCCGGAAUUCGUCGACCGGUUCGGUUGGUGCACGUGGGACGCUUUCUACUUGUCAGUGGAGCCGGAAGGUGUACUACGAGGUGUGGAGGAACUGACACGCGGCGGUUGCCCACCUGGUUUCUUGGUGAUAGACGAUGGUUGGCAAUCAAUCUCCACCGACCAAGAGCCAGAUCAAGAGGCGGAGUCACUGGCUAGUGCCGAUAACGAGAUGGCUUGCCGGUUAGCCGGAUUUCAGGAGAACGUCAAGUUCCAGAACUACUUUUCCGGCGAGAGGAGGGAGGGAGGGUUUCGUGGAUUUGUGAAGGACUUGAAAGGGAGGUUUGAGAAUUUAGAUUAUGUUUACGUUUGGCACGCGCUGUGUGGGUAUUGGGGUGGAGUGAGGCCGGGAAAAUGUGGUGUUCCGGCGAGGAUUUUGCCGGUGAAGCGGUCGCCGGGGCUGAAGGGGACGAUGGAGGAUCGUGCAGAGAGUAAGAUGGUCCUCCGUGGGAUUGGUGCGGUCCCCUCCGAGAGUGUGAGAGAUUUGUAUGAGGGCAUGUAUUCGUAUCUCAGCCAAGUGGGGAUCGACGGCGUCAAGGUGGACGCUAUUCAGAUUCUGGAGGCGCUAGGCGAAGAGCUGGGCGGUAGGGUCCACCUCACCAAUGCAUAUUACUCCGCUUUAAACGCGGCUGCGAACAAAUACUUCAAAGGCAACGGCGUCAGUUGCAGCAUGCAAAACAGCAACGACUUUCUUUUACUCGGAACCAACCAAAUCGCUGUCGCCCGAGCCGGCGACGAUUUUUGGACGGAGGAUCCAUGCGGUGAUCCCGAGGGCUCAUACUGGCUGCAAGGGUGCCAUAUUGUUCACUGCGCCUACAAUAGCGUCUGGAUGGGCCAUGUUGUACUCCCAGACUGGGACAUGUUUCUAUCGACUCACCAGCGAGCCCACUUCCACGCGGCCGCACGCGCCAUCUCAGGUGGGCCCAUCUACGUAAGCGACCGCUUGGGGCAGCACGACCUAGAGCUAUUGAAGAAGCUGGUGUUGCCUGACUCGACUCUUUUGCGGUGCGUGGCCCAUGCCCAGCCCACACGAGACUGCCUCUUCAUCAAUCCUCUUCACCCUCACGGCCCGCCUCUCAAGCUUUGGAACAUCAACAGGUGCACAGGCGUGGUUGGAGCCUUUUCAUGCGAUGGAGGCGAGUGGUGUAGAGUGGAGCGCAGGUUUAGGCGCGCACGCCACUCGCCAGAACGAGCCCAGGAGCGUCAAACAACUGCAUGCUACACAGACGUCGAUGUGUGGCGCACAGACGCACCUUCGAAGAGCUUCAUCGCUUUAUCUCACCUGGCCGAGAAGCUAACCGUAUUGAGCGCCCCCGACAACAAAGUGCCCAUCGGUGUUGGGGCCUCUUGGUUUUGAGCUUGUGACC